AUGACUCGGGCCAUUUUCUCACGGCCAAGACUUUACGAUUCAGUUCUCUCCGACAUCUCUCAAGCCCUAUCCAUCCCCGCCAACUACAUCCAAAUCUCACUCGGCCUCGCGACCAAAUUGUUGCUGCGUCGCCGUUCAACGUCUCUCAUCGGCCCUUGGCCGGGGCACAAUCUGUCGGGUCAAGGGGGUUGCCAGCCUCAUUGGCAGUCAGGCUGCAGCAUACUGGGCGCCGAUAUGGUGCCACAAGCGGCGGCGGGGAAUAACGGGCAUCGCCAGCAGAGCAGGCCUCUGGACGAGAGCGAUGCCGCGCCGACGCCGACGCCGACGCCGACGCCAACAGACACCGGCGCAGAGUCUGGACCGGCGACCAAGAAGAGGAAAGUGGUCGGCAGCGGUCGCGGAGUCGCCAAUCUCAACCCGGAGCAGCUCGCCAAGAAACGUGCCAACGCUAACCACCCGCCGCGGCGGGGGACAGAUCGCGAGGCGCAGAGGGCCAUUCGCGAGCGCACAAAGAACCAGAUCCAGACCCUGGAGCGGCGUAUCCAGGAGCUCACCAAUCUGCAGCCGUACCAGGAUCUGCAGGCCGUCAUCGAGGCCAAGGCCGCCGUCGAGCGCGAGAAUGCCGAGAUGCGCCAGCGCCUCGCCGCCGUCGUCGGCAUGCUACAGCCUUUCGUUGGCGCGCCCCCGGCCGUCCAGGAGAGCAAUCGCACCCAGUUCAUGACGCUCGGGGGCAUCGCCGCAUCCGCAGAGCAGCAGCAACAGCAGCAGCAGCAGCAGCAGCAGCAGCGCGACGCAAACGCCCCCCGGGAGACGACAGAACCCGGCAGGCGCGCGCAUUCACCACCGCCGCCUCCGUCGUCGGUCAACGGCCACGCCGCGCAGCGCGUGAGCGACCUCGACCAGCAGCGCGAGCAGCGCCAGCAGCUCCGCCACGGGCUCGAUAUGGGUCCUGAGCGUCUCGGUCUCGGCUUCCUGCUCGACGCCGGCCACCAGGUCUCGCGCAUCCAGGGCCCCGUCCACGGCACCUCCGACACCCCGCCCGCAUAUCGCUACCCUCCCUUCUACGCCCGGCAAGAGACUUUCGCCGCUGGCAGCGUCAGCGUCUCACCGGGUCCGCCCUCCGCCGUCUCUUCCUCCUCUUCCUCCCGGCCAGCACCACCGCCGCCGCCGCCGCAGUGGCAGCCCGGCUCGGCAUCAACCUACAAUAACGCGUUUCCCUCUGGCUAUCCGUACCAGGGCCCUCACGCGACUGCCGACCCUGACGACGACGCGGCCGCCAGCGAUCCCGACGAGCCCAUCAGCACGGCCGGCAGCGGCAGCGGCAGCGGCAGCGUCACUGUCCCGCGGUACGCCGCCCCGGUGCGCACCACGCCGCCCACGUGCCCGCUCGACUCGCUCCUCCUCGACUUUUUGCAGGAGCGGCGGCAGCUCGCCGCCGAGGGCCAGCCCGUGCACGAGGUCAUCGGCCCUCGGUACCCGUCAGUGUCGUCGCUGCUCAACCCGGCCCAACGCGCCGACAGCCACCCGCUGUCGCGCGUCUUCACCGACAUCCUCGCCAAGUUUCCCGACAUUUCCGGGCUCCCCGAGCGCGUCGCCGCCCUCUACGUCAUGUUCCUCGUCAUGCGCUGGCAGGUCGCGCCGACGCGCGAAAACUACGACCGCCUCCCGCCGUGGGCGCGCCCGCUGCGCGCGCAGCUGAGCGACGCCCACCCGCCCUGGAUCGACCACGUCCCGUUCCCGCGGAUGCGCGCGGCGCUCGUCCGGGCGUAUGCGUCGGGGACCGGCGAGGGGGAGCGCGCGUACCCCUUUGAUCACUUUUCCGUCCCGUACACCAAGACGCUGACGCUGUCGUGGCCCUACCGCGACACGGACACGCUGCUGCAGAGCCCGCAUUCGGAGGAGCUGAUGAUUAAUCCCGUAUUUGAGCGGCAUCUGCGCAAUCUGGACAAUUGGCGGCUGGGCACGGCGUUUGCAAAGGCGUUUCCGGAGCUCGCGGACACGGCCAACAUACCCGAGGCGGAGCCGUUGGCGGCGGCUGCGGCGGCGGCGGUGACAGCGGCGGCGGCGGUGGCGGCGGCGACGGGGACAGGGAAGGGGACGGGGAAUAAUGGAAUGACAGGAGGGCACUCGCAAUCCCCGGGGGGCUGA